AUGGCCUACACGGAUGAUGCCGUGCUCUCCAAGUUGUCAGCUCUUAACGAGACCCACGAGAGCAUCGCAACCACUGCACAAUGGAUUAUGUUCCAUCGUCGACAUGCGUCACAGACAGUCCACCUGUGGCUCAACAAACUAAAAGAUCUCCCGAGCGCUAAGAGGCUCAACAUGAUUUACCUAGCGAACGGUUCGUAUUUACAUCCUAAAAUUGUCCGGAUAGCCACUGACCUCUUUCCAGAAGUCGUACAACAAUCUAAAGCUCGCCAUAAGGAGGAUUUCCUUAAUGCCUUUUCCCCUUUCAUCGCCGAUGCCACUUCGGUUACGUACAAGGGAGCGCCGGUCGAUGUCCAGGGGAAGUUGAGGAGAGUUAUGGAUGUUUGGAGGGAACGAAGCAUUUUCGACAAGGAAGUCAUGCAAGAUCUAGAGCACAGAUUAGCAGAGAUCGAUAAGGCACGCCCUGCGGCCAAUGCUGGCGGUUUUGGCGGCAAUGCCUUCAGCUCCUCUGGGCCUUCCAUCCCCCCUGAGCUCAUCCCACUCGUUGCCCCGCAGCAAGCUACCACUAAGGCCUCCCAGCCUAUGAAGAACUCGCUCAAUACCGCCAACACCGAGUAUGAGAAGUUGACCGACCCCGCAACCACCACUGCAGCCCUCCCAGUCCAAGCUGCGCGGCUUAGUGGGUUGCUGAAAACCCUUGCCAAUGCCGAGGGAGCAGUCACUCAAUGCAUCCGGGCGCGCAAGGACCUAAUCAAGGAGUUGGAGGGGAUUCUUGCAACUAACCGUGAAGCACUCGACGCCGAUGAAAAGCAGAUGAUGGAGCUCAGUGGCCGUCGGACUGAGGUUGAGCAGAAGAAACAGGCUGUAGAGAUGGCUAUUAUCGGCAAUCUCUCUAACGCGGAGGAGACAUCGCCACAAGGCCACGGCUCUGUAAGCCCUGUCCCAGAGCCCGAUCGUCCACAGGUAGAGGCACUCACGCCUCCACACGUCCAGGAUCAUAUCGAUGGCGCUUAUGGGACUUCAUCUGCGGGCCACGGGGCUCAAAAUGGACAUCAGCAGCCUGUCCCUUUUCACGGUCCACCUGCCCCAGCCAACGCCCAGCCCGGGUUCUCAGGUGCGGCCCCAGACCUCGAAAUGCUUUCAAACCUCGCAUCCCAAUACCAGGCUGUGCCGAUUGCAGGAAACAAGAAGCGGAAGAUCGAAUCCUCGGACGAAUUUCCUGACCUGGGUGCUGAUGAUGGGAUUGACGCGGAUGUCAAGGAGAUGCUGAGGAAGGACAGUCAAGGGUAG